CAGAAUCUAUUGCAUAGCCAUUUGCUCAUACAGCCCAGAGUUCCAGAAUGCCCUUAUUUCUGGACAUAGCAGGGUGAGUCUGGAGCAAAGAGUUGGCCAGGAGGGCCCGUGGGUGUUAUAAUGAAGGGCUUUGUUACUGUGAAGGUCACCUUAGCCAUGCUUAUGGCUGCUAUUGUGGAUGCCAAGAUCUAUGAACGCUGUGAACUGGCACUGAAGCUGGAGAGGGCAGGCCUCAACAGCUUCAAGGGCUACACCGUUGGAGACUGGCUGUGCAUGGCACACUAUGAGAGUGGUUUUGACACUUCCUUCGUGGACCACAAUCCUGACGGCAGCAGUGAAUACGGCAUUUUCCAGCUGAACUCUGCCUGGUGGUGUGACAAUGGGAUUACACCCACCCAGAACCUCUGUCACAUGGAUUGUCGUGACCUGCUCAACCACCAUCUUCUAGAUGAUAUCUUGUGUGCCAGGCAGGUGGUGUCCUCACAGAAUGGUAUGACUGCUUGGGAUUCUUGGAUCCGGCACUGCUACGGGCAUGAUUUAUCUGAAUGGCUCAAGGGAUGUAAUAUGCAUGCAAAACAUGACUCAAAGAAAAUUAAGUCAUGACUCAUUCCAAGAGAUAGAAAUUUUAUUUUCUCCUUUCUUUUCUUUCUUCUGUGGAUUUAAUAGUGCUAUCUAGAUUUAAUAGUGCUAUCUAUAAACAACAUAAGAGGCCUCGGAUGCCCAGCUCUUCAUUUUCCCAAUGGAGGUACCCCCAUUUAAUCACUUCCUCCAGAUCACUUGGGGUGAAGGUAAUAGCAUAGCUUCUCCUGGGUUCAAAUACCAUCUUUACUACUUACUAGAUGUGU